ACUCACAGGGAGCAAACUUUUCUCUCUCUCUUUCCAGCACUUUCUGGUUUCUUCUCUCUGACAAUCUGUUCUGCUGACUGACAACAUCCACUCCGACCCUGUGGUGGAAACUACUCCGCCUCUCUUUAUUUCUUAUCCUUCACUCGCUCUGUGCUGAUCCAGGACUUGUAUACUUUUGGGGGCAGCUCUGGUGGUUGAGUGGUGCACACUUUUGGGCUGUGUGUUUGUGGAUGUGUGUAUGUGUGCGUUUGAGUGCGUGUCAGUCAGUAUGCCAUGUCGUCCCCUGGCUCGUCGUUUGUGCAGAUAAAGCAUGAGGACCUGCUCUUCUAUGAGAAUUGUGGGGGAGGCAGCUUUGGAAGCGUCUACAGAGCCCUCUGGAUUUCCCAGGACAAGGAAGUAGCUGUGAAGAAGCUUCUGAAGAUUGACAAGGAGGCUGAGAUUCUUAGUGUCUUGAGUCAUAAGAACAUCAUUCAGUUUUAUGGAGCUGUGCUGGAAUCUCCCAACUAUGGAAUUGUCACAGAAUAUGCUAGUAAAGGGUCUCUGUAUGAGUACCUUUCCAGUGAGCAAAGUGAGGAGAUGGACAUGGAGCAGAUCAUGACGUGGGCCAUACAGAUAGCCAAAGGAUUGCAUUACCUCCACGCAGAAGCUCCAGUCAAAGUCAUUCACAGAGACCUCAAGUCACGGAACGUUGUAAUGACAGCAGACAAAGUGCUGAAGAUUUGUGACUUCGGGGCAUCUAAGUUCCUGUCCCAUACCACCCAUAUGACGGUGGUGGGCACUUUUCCCUGGAUGGCUCCUGAAGUCAUUCAGAGCCUGCCUGUCUCCGAGACCUGUGACACCUACUCCUACGGCGUGGUGCUGUGGGAGAUGCUGACUCGGGAGGUUCCUUUCAAAGGUUUCGAAGGGCUGCAGGUUGCAUGGCUGGUUGUAGAAAAACAAGAGAGGCUGACCAUCCCCACCAGCUGUCCAGCAAGUUUUGCAGAGCUGAUGAGGAAAUGUUGGCAAGCAGACCCAAAGGAGCGUCCACAGUUCAAACAGGUGCUGGUAACCCUGGAGACCAUGGCCAAUGACAGCAGGCUACCAGAACAGUGUAACUCCUUCCUACAUAAUAAGGACCAGUGGAGGUGUGAAAUCGAGUCGACCCUGGAGCGCCUUCGGAAGCUGGAGAGGGAGCUUUACUCCAAAGAGAAGGAGCUGGAGGAGAGGGAGAGGAGGCUCAAACUGUGGGAGGAGAGGCUGAUGGAGAGGUCCAACAUGACUCCCAGUCCGACCUCCCUACUCAUGGAUCGUUCAAACAUCUCACCAUUCUUCACACCACUGUCCAUCGGUUCCUCCGGAUCUUUCUUACGCUCGCACUCUCAGGACUCCAACAGCGCAUCGGUCAGCAGUGCCGGCGUCAGCAGUGCCGGGGUAAGCUGUCUCCUCCGCACCCUCAGCAACGGAGACACGGAGAGGGGGAGCAGUGCGACGCUGGAGAGGGGGAUGGGUUCACUUGACAGUGGCAGGCUGCACGCCAUGCUCCGAGGGUUGCAGGGCAGGUUCGGAGAGGAGGACGAGGAAGAGGAAGCAACCCUGCAGGAGGCAGGCUGGGGGCAGAGGGAGAGAGAUGAUAGUGGGAGUAUGGAUGGAGGAAGAGUGCAGGUGACACUCAGGAGCUUCCCAGGUGGUGUGGUGGAGAGGGAGGAGAGAACGUGGGAGGAGGGGGACAGGGAGAGAGGAGGGAUGCAGAGGAGCAGAGUUACCACCAUUGUCCGAGGAUACUCAGGUGGGUUUGGAGAGGCAGAAGGGGAGAGGGAGAAGGAGGGAGGAUGGGAGAUAGAAAAACUUGGGGACAGGCUAGAUGAGAGGGGGAUGGAAGGAGGUAUAGGAGGGAGACUUCCGACCAUGUUCAAGGGUCUUCACGGGAGUUUGGGGGGCUUAGGGGACAUGCUGUCCUUAGACAUGAAUGACAUGGGGGAGAUGGAGAGACUAGGUGACAUGGACAUGGACUUAAAUAUGGGUGACCUGGGAGUGAUGAAGGUCGUAGGUCACGGUGUCAGGAGUGAGCUGGGGGUCAGGGGUCGCAGGAGUGACAUGGGAGUCGUGGUCCAGGGAGUCAGAGGUGACCUCAGCGAGGCCAUCAGCCAAAAGAUUAGAGGUGAAGUAGGAGUCAUUGGUCACUCGGGAGUGCAGGUGAGCAUGCGGGCUUCGUCCAAUCAGAACUCUGUGAAGAGCUGCAGUGUGCGACACGGAACCAAGAUCAACAUGGCUACGGCAGCCAUGGACAUGAUGGAGCUUGAUUUGUCUGACAGUGACUAGAAAACACAUGAGCGCACACACGCACAGAAAACACACAUAGAAGUACACACAAGAGGCCAAACUAGAAAGUUUUUGACUUUUUAGCACAUACAGUAAGUGAGCUACAGUAUGUGCAUUAGAAUCUCCAGUUGAAAAAGAGCUGGUAUACACACAAUUCUUUUGUUAUUAUUAUUAUUUUUUUUUAUUGAAUGGAUGAACACUAUACCCAUGUGUACUGUGAAGUAGGAAAUAGCAAUGAAUGACUUCACCUGUGUAAUUGAAUGUGCUGUUAAAACUGCUGCAUAACACACUGUAAGAGGUACAAGUGUUACAAAAUAACACACUUGAAUGCCGCUCUAAUGAGGAAACACUGUCUGAUAUUUUGCUUGUAGGGUAGCUUUUAGCUUAUAGAUUUGAUUUGUUCAAAAACAAGCUUUGACUUUAUCAGUUCUAACUGUGAUUUAGUGUGUGAAUUUAUGGCAUUUCUUUCUGUAUAUUUUAUCAUUUUUCAAUAAAAAAGGAAAGAAAA